GACAGCUCUCAAUGGCUUCUCAAGAAGACUCCCAACGACUCUCCCUCUCACACAAGAUUCGAAGACGCUCUCUACCAACUCCAACCAUGUCUCCGACGAACUUUUCCGACGAAAUUUCCGGCUACUCUCCAUUUCCGAUCAAUUCCGAUCAAUUCUCCGUUGAAUUGCCUGAACCUGAUGUCCAAGUUAUCACCUCCGGCGGACUCCGCAUCCCGGCGCACCGUAGCAUCCUGGCUUCAGCGUCGCCGGUACUGGAAAGCACCAUAGAUCGGCCUCGGAAACACCGGAGCUCCGAAAGGACUAUCCCGAUCCUGGGCGUUCCUUGCGAAGCCGUUGCCGUGUUCGUUCGAUUUCUCUAUACCUCCAAGUGCAGUGAGGAAGAGUUGGACAAGUUUGGGAUUCACCUUCUGGCGGUGUCUCAUGUGUUCUUGGUGCCUCAACUGAAGCAGAGAUGCACCAAAGCUCUGGCUGAAAGAUUGACGAUUGACAACGUGGUCGACGUGCUUCAACUGGCUAGGCUCUGCGACGCACCUGAUCUUUACCUCAGGUGCAUGAAACUGGCUUCCAACGACGUCAGGUCCGUAGAAAAGACUGAGGGUUGGAAGUUCUUACAGGAUCACGACCCUUGGCUUGAACUUCAGAUUCUGCAGUUCAUUGAUGAAACUGAAUUGAGGAAAAAGAGGAGGCAGAGGCACGUAAAGGAGCAGAGUUUGUAUUUACAGCUAAGCGAAGCGAUGGAGUGCUUGGAGCACAUAUGCACGGAAGGAUGUACGAAUGUGGGGCCGUAUGACAUGGAGCCCACAAAAAACAAGGGGCCAUGUAGCAAGUUCAACACGUGUCAAGGUUUACAGCUCUUGAUUCGGCAUUUCGCUACGUGUAAACGAAGGAUGAAUGGUGGGUGUUCUCGUUGUAAGCGUAUGUGGCAACUCCUCAGACUCCACUCCUCCAUCUGUGACCAACCCGAUCUUUGCCGAGUCCCACUUUGCAGGGAAUUCAAAUUGAAAGCAAAACAAGAGAAAAAGCGUGACGAUGAAAGAUGGAAGCUACUAGUGAGGAAGGUGGUAUCAGCAAAGGCCAUAUCUUCCUUGUCUCUGCCGAAAAGAAAGAGAGAGGAGGAAGGAAGAGAGAUCACAGAUCACCAUGGAAUUAAAAACUUCCAACUCUAAAACAACAACAAUGUUGAUAAGAGUCGUAGCAGUAAUGUUACGUGCAUAGAAUUUUUAUUUAUUUAUUUUAAAACAAGUACAUAGAAAAAUUAAUUAUGUGACCACAGUUCAUUUUAAAUUGGUGGCGACAAACACCAAGAAUGAAUGUGUUACGUGUUGAUUUUUCUUUGCACUUUUCUUUGCCUGUAACAUUACUAUUCGUAAUGGUGGUGUGUUCAUUGUAAAUGAAUGUGAGUUUUGGGGAGGCGUAUGGUCUUUUUGUUGUAUAGGGUUUAGUCAGCAAUGCUACUCAGCAAACAAAAAAUGUACUCAAAAAAAUAUUUGGAAUUUGAUAUUUACGGGCAAGAUUUGUUCAAAUUUUAGCUCCACAACGAGAAGUUUGAAUCUGUACCGUAGAUUUCACAUUCGAGAAAAUUUUUGAGUAAUUUUUUUGUGUAAGUAGCAUUUGGUUAGUAGGCAUUUGUUUAAGUAGCAUUUGGUUAAUAGUCGUAAUAGAGUACCCCUAAAGAGAUGUGGGUUUGAAGAUUGUAUACUAGUUAAAAGAAGUCUAAUGUAUUGAUUGCUUCUUUAUUUAUUA